UCUCUCGUUCUCUGGGAACGAAAGACUAAUUCUUUUGCUUCUUGGACUCUUUUAUUUUUAUUUGUUUAACUAUAGAAUUAGAAGAAAUUGUUUGCUGGAUUGGGCUAGAUUAAGCUAUGGUAAAUCAGAAUCAUAAUUUUAGAUUUAAUUCAGAAUAAAAAUAUAUAAAAAUCAAAACCAUGUCUUCAGCAACCAAGAUCGUCGGUGAACAACUUGCCAUCGCUCUCCCGGAUCUCUCCCUUCAAGAUCAGAACCAGGAGGAGAUGAAGAAUAAAGGGGAUGUUAGCGAAGAAAGUUGCCAAAGUCAUGGUGGAAUAUGUGCGAUAUGUUUAGAUAAAAUAGUUCUACAGGAAACUGCACUCGUAAAAGGCUGCGAGCAUGCUUACUGUGUAACAUGCAUCCUUCGAUGGGCAACAUAUAGUAAAAUGCCUACAUGCCCUCAGUGUAAACAUCCAUUCGAGUUCCUCAAUGUUCAUCAUUCGCUUGACGGCAGGAUCAAUGACUACAUGUUCGAGGAAAGCGUGUGCCUGCUUCUUAGAGCCACAUGGUUUAAACCUUCGACUGUGGAGGAACGCGAAGAGGUAUAUGAUGAACUGGAAGAUUACUAUUACCAUUGCCCUUAUGAAGAUGAUGACAACGAGGAAGAUGAAGUUUAUUACAACAGUGCACCGAUUGUCCGCUUUGGGAAUCGGAGAUGGGGUGAUAACGGAUAUGUAAGGUCAGGGCGCCAAGAAGCCAGACCUGUCCAACGAUCAUCCAGUUCCCAGAAUACUGCUGCCUCCUCAAGUUCAAGUGAGCCCAAGAAGAAAGAAGUUUCGAAAAGUACAAUGGGGCGAAGGGCAAAGCGAGCACUGAAGCGUGAAGCAGCCGAUAAGGCAGCUGCAGCCAAACAUCAAGAGCAUUUGAUGAAGCCGCGGAGGAAGUGAUACCUUUGAUUCAACGUCUUUUUUAUAGAACAUUGAACCAAUGUGCUUAAAAGGGUGAUAUUCGUAAACCUGUAUAAUAUGCUGGCUUUGUACGGUAUUUUCUUUUUCUGGAAGGGCAUGAACAAGGAUUAAUAUA